AUGUUAAACGAAAGAUACGCGGAUAAUCGAAAAGUUGUUGUAACGAAGACGAAUCUGAUUCUGGGAAAUUUUCAAUUCCCAAUUAAAUUAAGCAAUAUUUCUGAAAAUGGAUCAGACUCAACCAACUAUCAAAUGAUUAAUUGUGUCGGAGUUUUGCCGGAACUUGAGCUUGAUCGAAUCGGUUUCUCUCAAAUUCCAAUGGAUCGAGACAAUUUCAUUCGAUUCUCGUUUGACGAGGAGAACAAUCUCUCGAAGGACUCGAAAAGGAAUCAAGAUGCAUUCAGCAUGUUGGCCACGUAUUUGAUUGAAUCGAAGCCAGUCAGCACAAUGUUUUGCGAAUGUCUCAUUGAUCCCAAUCGUUUGGAUUACGGUCUUAUUGUCCCUUAUACAAUGGAAACCGAGUCCGAAAUUGGAUUAGCGUUGGUUCGAUUUCCAGCGGAUCAUUUCGACAAAUGGAAAACGCUGCUCGACUAUGUUACUGUUGACUCUGUGAAUGAGAAUCCUGCAAAACUUCCGAAUUUGAUGUAUAAACCUGUCGCCAACAAAAGCAUGAAUUUCGUUGCCAAGCAAAUAACUCGGCUUGACGCAAUUUCCGGAAAUUCUGAAUAUCUUCAAAAGGAACUCGCAUUGAUUUACGACGAAUUUCGCGCGGUGCACUCGAAAUGCAACUAUGCCAUUGAAUUUUUGAAAAGUUCUACUAAAAUCGAUGAAGAAAUUCGCACGAAAUGGAUUGAAAAGUUUGAAGAAUUAUGA